AUGAUUGGAGCUGCUGGUCUGAAAGGGCCCGGUAUGGCUGCUGCCAUUUUUCGGCAACGGCUGACUGCGGUUCCAAAAUCCACUCGAUCCAUAUCAUCCGUUCGGUCGCUGCGCCUUCGAGUACCCGGCCAAGGAAGCCAAUUGACUUUGGCAUCUUCGGCUGCCAACUGGCGCAAAGCGUCUCUUGCUGCUGGCCCGGCCGCGAUUCGCUUCAAGUCCUCCAUGCCUGAGCCGGCACCCCCUCCCGCUCACGAGACCACCACUAGCCCAACCGGAAUUGUUGAAUCGACAGACCUGUCUGAUUUUGACCUCUCGACACUCCCGGAAAGGAUCGGAUAUCUGAAACAUGAUCUUGGUCUGGAUUAUGGCUGGGGUACCUCCGCAGCCACGCAAUGGAUGAUUGAACAUCUCCACAUCUGGGGGGGGAUUGCCUUGGUGGGCUGCCAUCGUGCCAAGAUGCACAACUUGAAGCCUGUGGUCAAUCCGCUGCGCGAAGACAUGAUGCGCGAGUUGCAAAGCGGCAACCAAGUCGUGGGUCAGCAGAAGAGGGCGGAGAUGCAGGAAAUUCAUAAGGCACAUGGCGUCAAGUGGUGGAAAACAAUGCUUCCCAUGCUACAGAUUCCCCUUGGUUUCGGUAUUUUUAGAGCCACUCGGGGCAUGACAAGCCUACCUUUACCGGGUCUCCUGGACGAGUCCUUCCUUUGGAUCAAGGACCUCACUGUGUGCGAUCCAUACUACAUUCUUCCCAUGAUGACUUCCGCUUUCAUGUAUUUUACCUUCAAGAAAGGAGGCGAGUCCGGUACGAUGGACAUUUUGAAAGGCCCGGGUAAAGCUAUUCUUUAUGUUUUGCCCGCAUUUUCUUUCGUUUUCAUGGUCUGGCAACCGGCGGCUCUGCAACUUUAUUUCGUGACUACCGGUAUCUUUGCCUUGGCUCAGUCCAGUGUAUUGCACAAACGCUGGUUCCGAGAGACCUUCAAUUUGACCAUCCCCGUUGUUACUCCGUCCGGCCCCGUGUCUUCUUCAAGGGGCCCAAGUACAGCCCUGACGCGACUUCAGGAGCGCAUUGCAGAGGAGAAACGUCUCUUGGCCGAAUCACAGAACCCGCCCCGGAAAGAUGAGGCCCCGAAAAGCUACACUAACGUUAGUGCUAUUGAUCAAUUCCUCGAUAAGUCAAAGAAGGGAUUGAGCAACUGGCAAACCGAGGCGUCUAAGUCGAUCCAGUCUAUGAAGGGUCAACCUACAACGAAUCGUGACGGCUCGCCCAUUGAGCCACCUCGUAUCACCGAGGCGCAGCGCAGAAAGGCCGAGGAAUAUGAGAGGGAGAGACAGGCGGCCGAUGCCUUCGCCCGCGAAGAGCGCAACGAAGCUCGCCGCCAAGCCCAUAUGAAGGCACUUGCCGCUGAGCGGGAGAAGGCGAAGGCUUCCUGGCAGAAGCAGCGUGAGGCCGUGGUCAACAAACAGAUUCGGCGAAAGUGA